AUGUUUUGUUCGCAGUGUGGGAAACCAGGGCAACUGGUUUUAUUGGGAUGCUGUCAAGCCUGUGUCGAUCGUGCCGCAAGCAAGACAACCGCUCCCUCGUCUAUGAUUUCCCCGACACCCAAUUCUCAACCAACGUCAGCACACCAACUGAUCCAAUCUAAACGUCAAGAGGCAAUCCAACGUGCUCGAGGGUUGUAUUCCCAUCCAACAUCCACCCCGGUCAUUCCCAGCCCCCUCAGUCAGCCUCCUGCACCCACUUUGCUUCCGCAACAAACACACUUUCCUCCACCCAGUGCCAGCAAUCCAGGAUUACCAGCCAUUACCGCCCCUGAAAUAUCCAGGAGCAACCCAUAUCUGAUGGCCCGCACAGCACGGAUGUCGGCCAUCCAACCCUACCCCACCCAACGGGCCGCCCGCACUGCUGCAAGAGUUCCCAAACCGCCAAAACUUCCUACCAGCAAGGGGGCUCUCCCAUUAACUAGCCCUCCCGACAAGAUCUCAGUCCAGUGUUGUCAGCCACAGAGUACAUGUCACAGUACCUUUCAUAUACCAAGUAACUGCAACACCUGUACUUAUGUACAUAAUUAUCUUGUCUGUUAA